AUGCCAGAAUUGCAGGCGACGAAAGGCCAAGGCGAGUCGUGUACUUAUGAGCUUGAAAGGGGUAAGGCAUUGACUAGCGUGCUCAAGCAGAAGCGAGACGACUUGAUGAGUGAGAAUGACCAGUACAGGGAGCUAUUUCAGCUGUUAUGUACUAAGCCCUGGGAUGAGGCGUUGGAAUUGUUUCGUCACAUCAGAGAGUCUGGCGAACCCUUCAUUCUCUUUGAAGCUGUGAGACAAGCUGAGGUGCUGUUCCCGAACCCUUCACCGUCCGAGACUUACGGCAAUUAUCAGCUGGAACGGCUGGAUCGCCUGGCUCUGGAUGGGAGCAUUAUCAAGGUUCCAGCUCGACCGUGGACGAUUGUUGCGGGCGACGGGCUUGUGUCUGAGCUCAUCACAAAUCUGUUUCAUUUCAAUGGUACCUAUCUUCUCCCUGUUCUCGAAAAAGACGUCUUUAUCGAGGAUAUGAAGUCUGGACAUGUAAUUGGUUCUAGAUAUUGCACACCGUUCCUAGUCAAUGCCAUCUGUGCGGUUGAAAGUAACUUUUCUGAGAGAGCAAAGCAAUUUGGAGUCAUUGCGAAACAAAACCUCUCAGAUCGCUUUUUUGAAGAGGCCAAGGGGCUAUAUGAACGGGAACAAGGUUGUGCGUCGAUCCCCAACAUCGUCGCCCUCGUCCUUAUGUACCUCACGAUGGCCAUCAAAGGUAGAGACAAGAUAUCCCGAAUAUAUCUUUACACGGCGUAUGCUCUGCUCAGCAGGCUGUCGUUGGAGGAGAAGUUUCAGGCCCUUGAGAGCAGACCUGGUAGCCAAAAGGAGAAGUGUAUCAUUAGCCGCGUGCUUUGGGGUUUGUACAUUAUGGAAAGUCGAAUUGCCUUUUACUAUUCCCAUCCGUCCAUUUUACCCGCGCCAAAGGUGCCUAAACCGCCCGACGAAUUUGGUACUGCCAACAUGGAUGUUUUGGGCCGUUUGUAUGACGAAGCCACCAGUGCUGUCCCCUUGGUUCCGGGAAUCAAUACCAUAAAUUGUAAUUUAACUGAGCUCUGGAAUGAACUGAUGCAGUACGUCUGCGAAGGCGCCAUCACCGGAAGUGAUAGCGACUUGCGUAUCCGCAAGAGCUUCUACUGUAGGUUGUUGGCUUAUGUAGCUCAACUACCGCCCAGGUUUCACUGUUGGAGCAACAUGACACCGGAAACAUGUAUGAAAAGAAUGCACGAAACGGAAAUCAUCUUCACCAUUCUUCGCGACGUGCCCCUCGACACACCGUUUCACAACCUCUACGAUCUCCCUGGGACAACUGUCAGAGACAUAUUACGCAAACGCUGCAUCGCCGACGUGGAGCUCAUAGGGGUCUACAUGAACAAAUGGCAAUCCCUGGGUGGUCUUGCAUAUCGCCACAUACACCUUUGCAUGUACGCCCUCAUCCCGCUCCUGGAUGAUUCGGCCACUCAUCCGGCCUUCUCAACAGCCUGUAUGAUUGCCCAGCAGGGCAUUAACCGCAUGAAGGUCUUGGGGUACCUGCUGCAGGGCAUACAAGCGUUUGCAUGGGCCAUGGGGAAGACCAUUCCCGAGUCUGCGCGGCGGUACCUCCACGGCUGGGGUGUGGAAGCCAUAGAGCCAGACUUGCCCGUGUCGUUUGUGCUUCCGCAGCCAGACAAUGUCAAGGAAGCUCUUGCGAGGAAUUCGGGGCCGCUUUUGGAGGAAGUGGAGGGCCAGCUUGGCUCGUUGAUUGAGCUGUGGGCGAGGCUGGGGCAAUAG